AUGCCCAAGCCCGGCGCAACUUUCGCUCCUCAGCCCAAGAAUACCUUGAGUCAGCCAACGUAUCAUCCUGGCAGCGCCCACAAGACUUAUGGCCGCCCAGCCCGGACAAACUACUCGAACUUGGAUUUUCUGGAGGAAGAGCGCUUCAGUGCGGAAACUCGUCCAACAAAAAAGCGAAGAACCGAAAAUGAACAGCCGCAUGCGAUAAGUGUUUAUGACGAUGGAGACGUCGAAGAGAUAAGACCUGGAACUCAAACAUCUCGGCCUGCAUCUCGUCGAAGCGCAGGCAGUGGCUCCUUUUCCUUGCCAGGCCCAAAAGAUAGUCGGAGCGAAUUCGAAAGAGCUUCUGCCAUAGCUGAUCCUCGACGAAAGAAGGGACGGACGUCUGCCAGCCAAGGCCACUCGGGAAUCAUCAACGGUAACGCUCAAUCAUCAGCAAUAACCGUUGAUGAUGACGACAUACCUGACUACAACGCGCCGAGGAAGCUACAAUUACAGAAAUUUCAACAAGGUAUUGAAGGUGUGAGAGACACUGCUAGUCAACAGCGAAUACCGCAAACAACCUCAAAGCACUUUGCGCCCAAAAUGAACCACUCUACAAAUCCUUUGACUCAACGAGCGGUCCGAAAACCUGAUAAUCUACGCAAUAAAUUCACCCGAGCACCCUUGCCGGGUUCUUCCGCCCGUGGUGAUAUGGCAGAGAUUCUACCUUGGCCAUUACGAUGGACCAGAGCGCAUGAUUUCAAUGGAAACGGUCAAGACCUAUUUCUGAACUCGAAGGUUUUGAAUGAGUAUCGCAUCACAAGCUCGGAUCCGAACGACAUGAAGUACGAGAUCUCAUUAAAGAAGGUCGUCAGUGCACAAUCAGAUCACACAUCGCGUAUUCGUCUGACUGGUUCCACGGACGCCGCUGGUGUUCAAUACAUGGUGGACCUGCAGUUUGAGAAUCAAGAAGACCUAGCUGCCUUUGAGACCGCGCUCGGCAAUUCCAUAACCAUGAAAUCCUUGACUAUGAAAUCGCGAGACUUCAUGAAAACGAUUUUCCAGAAACCGCUGGCUGUCACCUCAACUUCACCGAACGCGUCGCUUCCGCCUAGAGGCCGUGAUGAAGUGGUCCAAGUGUCAAACGUUAUGGAACGUCCUAGACUUUUGGAUAACUUGGCCCCCGGAUACAGUGAUCCGACAUCGCAGAAGUCCUUCACGUCUGUGCGAGUUCCCACUCAGCACGAGAUCCAGCAGCGCACCUCAGGGCGCCCAAUGCGAAGCACUCGGGCUACCCAAGCGCACGCUGUGGAUUCGGGGGAUUUCGAAGACGAACCUGAGGUAGAAAGAUAUUCGCAAAUACACGGCUUGGGUCCUCCGUGGAAGAAACAGUUGAAUUAUGGCUCCGGACGACGCCGCGCGGUCGUCGACUUCGCGGACCUAGAGCGUCUCGACAAUGGCCAAUUCCUAAAUGAUCAGCUCAUCGACUUUUACCUACUGUAUUUGUUCGAUCAGAUGAAAGUCCCUCGCGAAAAAGUCUACGUCUUUAAUACACACUUCUUUACGACUCUAACGCGCAAAGUCCCCGGUCAUAAGGGCUUGAUCAACUACCAAGGAGUCGCAAGGUGGACAUCUAAAGAAGACAUUUUCAGUUACGACUACAUUGUGGUACCUAUCAAUCAGGAUAUUCAUUGGUAUCUCGCAAUCAUUUGCAACGUCUCCAACAUCGCCCGUACGCCAGCUAUCGAAGAUCUCACCAAAAGUGAUGGAGUCGCUUCUUCAGGAAUCCUAAAUGAACCGAGCAGGGAAUCUGCAGCACAUGAUUUGAAGGCCGGAGAUCUACAGUCGAUGCCGCCACCUGCGCUGGUGGAUGCGUCUUCAGAACCAUGGGCACCACGUGCUGCAAACGAAGUGGUUGAUCCCGACGAUUCAGACCUCAACAUAGUUGAUCCGCGUGCAACUGGCCAUGACCCAGGCCGGCACGCACCGAGCGGCAGCAGUAGCGUUGCGGAGUCUCCCGCCGCGGAGACUGCACAAUUGAACAAACUGAGUCUUAAUGAUAGCAAGCCGGAAGGCAUCUUGCUUAGCAGCAGCUCAUUCUUGUCGCCCAAGAAGCCAAAGCGUCGACUUGGUCCUCCGUUAAAGAAAUGGGACCUCAAUCAGCCCGUCAUCGUCGUCUUGGACUCACUCGGCGGUGGUGCCAAAAGUCCUGCUGUUCGAGUCCUCAAAGAGUAUAUGAUUGCAGAGGGCCAUGAGAAGCGGGGCAUGGAAGCUAAGAUAUCGCAAAAUGCGUACUACGCCAAAGAGAGUCAAAUACCGCAGCAACAGAACUUCAGUGACUGCGGUGUGUAUCUCCUAGGGUAUGCGCAAAAGUUCUUUGAGAAUCCUGACGUCUUCAAAAAUCGACUGCUCUCAGGCGAGAUGCAUGUGGAGACUGACUGGCCAGAUAUGGCUAUGCCAGAUAUGCGAGCUGCCAUGCGUGACAUUUUGCAGAAGCUGAACACCGAGCAAGAGGCGGAGCGUCAACAAGCGAAGCAGCAGAUGAAGCAGAACAAGAAGAACGGCACGAUGGGUGCUGCCGUGAACGCCACGAAAAAUAAUGUCAAGCAGAACCCGACUGUUGCGGAGAAAGAAGGAAAUGCAAAUGACAGAUUGGAUGUGCAGGAAGCCACAACCAAUCCAGAAAGAACCAUCACCCCUGGGGAAGAAAAGCCACCUAGUUUGUCAAGCACUCAGCCGCAACCUGGGCUCGGCUCACCGUUUCAGCCUCAGCGGCCCAAGAAGCGCGACAGUUCUCCUUCAUUAAGCCUGCCAACACCAACCAAGACUGACGCAGUGUCUGAAGUCAAGCGCAAGGAAACACCUCCCACCAGUGACCGACAGGCUUCGCCUAUUAUCGCCGUACCUCGCAAGAGCAGAAGUCCGAUAGUCUUGAUUCCGUCACCGGUAAGGAAGUCCCCAAAACGAUCGCGAAGAGAGACUGUGGUCGGGGACAGACCGGACGAGACGAUUCGAAAGAAGUUGCGGAUCGAGCCCAAUCCAGUGAAGAACUUUUUAGAAGGAGAACCUCGUAUAGUGGGCAUACGUUCACCGGACCCAAAGGCCGAAAGCCUCCCCAAACAAUUUUCGAAGACCUCAACACUAGCGCCACCUCGAGGAGAUUUUUUGCCAGCAAAAGGAAGCAGUCGAGAUCCAAUUCCGCUUGACGAUUCGCAAGAAACCCAGGUGUUAGCAACCGAAGCCAUUCCACAUAGUACAAAACGUAGUUCUCAGGGACCUGACUUCAUCGUCACAACUCCUAAGAGCGCAAAGGGGCCCAGGCUUCCGCCGAAGCGCCAACACCAGCAGCACAUGUCUUCCCCUGCAAAAGUCAAUGUUGAACGGAGCUCUCCUGUGCGAAGAAGAGAGACAAGGUCGGCAAAUCACUCUCCCGAUGUGAUUGAUGAUCCCCAAGCGCAUCCGCAACGUUUUCAGGCACAAAGUUCUCCAGCGUAUCGUAACUAUCCACCGGCCCGCUCCAGAUUUAGGGCUAAGACGCAGGAAGACGAUAUACCGGAGAAAACAAUCGAAGUGCCGGAAACCCCGCCUCAUGAUCCUUGA